UAAGGGGGCCAUUGCGGCGACGGACGGUGUGUGGUAAAGGUGUCUCUGGAACACACGCAGACACACACGCGUAUACCUGGCGAAGGGGAGACUCCUACAGGUGGUGGUGUUGUGAGGUGAUUGGUUCUUCGUGAGAGAGAGGAAAGAACGCGGGUUAGGAUGCUGACGAAGGCGCUGCUGGGGGCUCUCCUCCUGCUGCUGGUGGGACAGGGCGCCCUCAGCAAAAUGGUCUACAGGUGCCCCGAGGGUUGGGUGCAUCAGAGUUCCAGCGGCCAAUGCUUCAGAAUCCAUUCCUACGGCAAGGUCAGGAAAUUCUCAGACGCGAGAUCUUACUGCAAAGGUCACGGGGGCGACUUGGCCGUUAUUGAGGACGUCGAUACUAAGAACUGGCUGGCCCUCGCGAUUGCCGAGACAGGGCUAGUGGGGGAGCAGUCGUUCAUGUGGGUAGGUGCCAAGCUAGUGGAUGGCCAGUGGCAGUGGAUAGAGGACGGCCAUCCUGUGGAAUCUAGUGUCGUAGAAUGGGAAGAGGAAGGGACUGGGGACUGCGCUGCCUUCACCCUGGAUUCGAAACUCAAGAAAUACGACUGUGUAAAUAGAAUACACUUCAUCUGCCAUCGCCCUAUCAAUGUUCCUCUUCCCUGUGACUUAGACAUGGGUUGGGAGCAACUGAGGGACAAGUGCUAUAAGAAAUCCAGCGAGCCUGAACCGUGGCACAACGGACGCCUGCAGUGCCGAUUGGAUGGCGCUGACCUCAUCACCAUCACAGGCAGUGUUGACCAGCAAUUCGUCACGGAUUUUGCCCUCGAGAAACAUGACAACAUUUGGAUUGGGUUGAGUGAGGAGGAUCACCCUGGGAAAUGGACGUGGAGUGACGGCAGCGAUAAUAACUACACUCACUGGGACCAAAACCAACCUGAAUCCAUGGACGGGUUCGGCGCGGCGGCUGUGAACCACGAGCAGACGGACGGCAAGUGGGUCGUGGAGAAACUCACCGAAGAUUACCACUACCUCUGCCAGAAGAAGCAAGGAGCCUGCGUAGCCGGCUGGGAGGAAUUCGGCGACUCCUGCUACUACUUCAACACCGAGGAUGACGACCUCCUGGUGUGGGAGGACGCCAAGUCGACCUGUGAGUCGGUGGGGGCGAAGCUGGUCGUCCUCGAUACCUUGGCUGAGGACGAGUAUUUUCGGGCGCACAUGCCUGAGACAGACCAACUGUGGAUUGGGUUGUAUAGCAAUCCCGGCGACGGAUUUUACUGGGUGGACGACACGACAAUGAAAUCCAAGAAUUUCACUUUUGUUUCCGACGAGAACAUUCAGGAUGCCAUUGACGCUGAUGUGAAGAAAUGCACUUUCUUCCAGAUCAAAGAAUCCGACUCCCGUGGGACCCUUCACUCGUCCUGGGUCCCCACCGACUGCGCAACCAAGAACCACUACGCCUGCGAGAUUCCUGCGGGUGACAGCCUCACCCUCCUGCCUCCUCCAGAAUACAAGUAUUGUCCCGACGGCUGGGUGAACAGUCUCGAACACUGCUACUUCUUCGGUACCGUCGAGAAGUCUUGGCAGAAGGCGCGAGAGGAGUGCCAGAAAUUCGACGGGGGAGAUCUGGUGUCGAUCAUUACUUGGGCCGAACAGGAUUUCGUGUCGAAUAACAUCAAGGGCGACAGCUGGAUCGGCUUGAAUGACAGAGACGCCGAGAACGACUGGGUUUGGAGUGACAAGAAUAAGGUCUUCAUCACCAACUGGAAUGAUGGCGAACCAAACGGCAACGGAGGCAAUGAAAACUGCGGCGAAAUGAGGGUUGACAUUGGCAAGUGGAAUGACCUUCCUUGCAACCUCGCGCGUGUGUUUGCGUGCAAGAGCAAGGCCUCUGCCACGCCCGUCUCGCCGGUGGUCCCCACGACAACGCCUUAUCCUGAUUAUUCCGGCUGCGGUUGGGGCUGGACAGAGAACCCGGUGAGCGGCGAGUGCUACCGCAUAGAGCUUCAAGAGCUGAGCUUCGUAGAUGCGAGACAUUACUGCAGGGAGCUUUCUCACUACGAGGGGCAGAGCACGCCGGAUCUGGUAUCACUGACCACGGCGCAAGAACAGGCUUUCGUUGAUGACAUGGUAAAGGAACAGCACCUGAGCCAAACGACGCUGUUCAUCGGCCUAAUGAACAACGCAGACGGCCACAGGUGGAUAGACGGGACGCCUGUUCUCUUCUUUAACUGGAAUGACGGGGAGCCAAGCGGAGGUUACCCGAGGGAGGAGUGUGGAGAGAUGUACGUCGAUUCCGGCAAAUGGAAUGAUGUGUUUUGUACGGAGCGCCGUGCUUUCGUCUGCGAGAAGAAAGGCACAAACUACGUGGGCCCGGUUGACCCUCCGCCACCUGAAGUGCGGUGUCCGAACGGCUGGAGGUACUGGAACAACCACUGCUACUACUUCGGCCUCGAGAGCAAGACUUGGGACGAGUCGCGGUCAUGGUGUCAGGCCAACUUGGCGAGUGACCUGGUCUCGAUCACGAGCGAGGACGAAAACAACUAUAUUAAUGACAUACUAGCUGCCCAGUACCUAAACGCCUGGAUUGCUCUCCACGACGACGACGCAGGGGAAGACUGGCACUGGGUGGACGGUGCCAACUACGACUAUACGAACUGGAUGAGUGGAGAACCAAACAACCAGGACGGGUUGGAACACUGUGGAGAGAUCAGAGCAUAUGAUUAUUACUACAGCGGUCAGUGGAAUGACAUGCCGUGUGAUCUGCUCAAUGCUUUCGUGUGUAAAACCACAGUCAAAACUUGCCCCGAGUCGUGGACACUUUACAACGGCAAGUGUUACUACGCUAGCAACUUCGAAGUGACAUGGAGCGUUGCAAAGGAAAAAUGCAAGGAAUUCAACACAGAAUCGGAUCUUGUCAGCAUUCAUUCACAGGAAGAGAGCGAUUUCUUUGGAGACGUCCUCACCCACAGCAGCCUCGGCACGUGGAUCGGGUUCACCUACGACAGCGCCUCCGGCCAGUGGGUCUGGAGCGACGGGCAGCCCACCAACUACACCAACUGGAACGAGGGGGAACCCAACAACCUGGAGGACGAGGCAUGCACGGAGAUUAUCGACGCCGUGGGCUGGGACACGCACACCAAGUGGAACAACAUGCCUUGUACCGCGAGCAGGGCCUUUGGCUGCGAGUUCUUCCCCACACACUCAGUCGGUUGUGAAGAAGGGUGGCAAGCUUUCAACAACUAUUGCUACUGGUAUUCCAACGCCGACUAUUCUUCCAACUCUCUGUCAUUCAGCGAAGCGAGAGACGACUGUAGGAGUAAAGGGGCAGAUAUGGUGUCCAUUCAUUCGUCGGAAGAAAAUGAGUUCGUUUACUCUCUCGUUGCGGAUGGGUCCUACUACUACUAUGGCACGUGGAUUGGCCUUUCCGAUGAGGGGCACUCGAGCGAACUCACGUGGGUCGAUGGCACUGACGUUACGUUCACCAGUUACGAGCAGUUUGAUUAUAACCCUGUUUACUCCAUCCCCUCCUGCGCCCUGUUCGACUACUCAGCCUACACGGCUCAGUCCUGGACAAUAGGAUCCUGUUUUGACUAUAAUUUCUUCGUGUGCAAGAAGCCACAGGAAGCGACGCCUAUUAACCCACCGUCGAAUGGUUGCAAAGAUUGUCCACGCGACUCGAAGACAAGAGCGAAGGACAGAAGGCAAAGUUCAGAUUCAAGGCUAAGGAAAGGACGCUCGGCAGCUCAAAGCUCGAGGAAUUCAACGUCGAGGAAGAGGUUCUCAAGCAAGUCAACGCCAAGGAAGAAGAACUGGAAGAGGUUUCUCAAGCAAGUCAACACCGAGGAGUUCCUUGAGGGAGAGGAAAUGAAGGAAGUGAACGCCAAGACACGCGAACUCUCGGAGGAACGCGAAACCAGCCAACGCCCCGCCGCCAGCGCCCCCGGAACCGAACCCGAGAGCCCGGCCCUGAUCCGGAAACCCCGAUCCUCCCUCCCUCUAGCUUCCCCCUACACCGUCCCUCCUCUCGACGCCCCUGGCCGCCCCAAGCGCCCCAUCUGGCAGAGCGCUCCCGAAGACGACGCCCCCUUCACCUCCACCAACUUCCACUCGCGCUUCAGGAACCAGCACUGGGCCAAGCACACGCUUCGCUCCUUCCAGCAGCAGCGGAAGCACGACCAACGGACCAACUGGCACGCGAGGAUCAAGGCGCUGCUCGAACGGACGACCCAGAAGCCGGUCGUUAAGGAGAUCAGCGGCGUCCAGGUGGGGCUGCCGACCUCCACCGCGGAGUCGUUCACGCUCUCGUCGAGUGAUGGGGAUGGUGCCGUCAACACCCCCGUGGGCCUCCCCGAACUUCCAACCUCACCGCCAGCCACGCACCACGCCCACGCCCGCCACGCCCCGCCCCCCCACCCGACACGAAGCCGAGCACGCACCCGCACCCCGCACGCACGCCGACAGCAACAACAAAAAAAACCCAUCAACCAGCAACAGCACGCCAAACAGAAACCACACGAAGCACGCAGGCCCCACACAACCAGCACAACAUCGAAGCACGACAGCCGCAUCAACAGCGACGUGGCCUACAAGGGGUCCUGUUAUAAGUUCCCUGGUCAGACCGAUUCCUGGCAGGACGCUCAGGAUGUUUGUGUGUCGAGCAACGGACAUCUAGUUGUUCUUAAUGACAGGUUCGAAAGCGCCUUCCUGUCCAGCUACUUAGGUGAAUUAGGUGAGCGGGCCUGGAUCGGAAUGUCGGGGACCGUGGCUGAGGAUGGUUCGGUCACCUUCAUCUGGGUCAACGGGGAUUCGGUCGACUACACUAACUGGGCGGAGUAUGAGCCGGCACCUAACCACGGAACCUGCGUGGCUGCGUCGGGAAGGCUGGAGACGCCCGGCCUGUGGGAGAUUAGGGACUGCAACGACGCCUUCCAAUAUGUGUGCGAGUACGACCGAGAGGGCUACAUACCCCCUACCCCCCCGACCACCCCUGCGCCUAUUACGUUCUGCGCCGAGGGAUGGGAGAGACAUGAAGGAAAGUGCUAUAAGGUAUUCAAAGAACCGCGGACGUGGGGAAUGGCUGAAGGAACCUGUAACUCCUACGGCGCUUUCCUGACCAGCAUAGGAAGCGCGGAGGAGCAAGGGUAUUUGCAGAGCCUCCCCGGCAUCGUCAGCAUCAGCGGAGAUUACCUCUCGAUCUGGGUCGGUCUCCACUCGUUUCACUUUCCUCAUUUCUCCUUCACAGGUUAUUACUGGACAGAUGGGUCAGCAAUGGACUACGUCGACUGGGCAGUAGGUCAACCGGACAGCCAUCUGGGGAGGGAAGGCUGCGUUCUGGUCGAUAAAGUGACGUUCAAGAUGUCAGAUUCCGUCUGUGAUACGUUCCAGCCGUUCAUCUGCGAGGCGACGGAAGGCACCAUGCUGACGACCCAAGCCCCGCCCACCGAGACCCCGGAUGUUCCCUGCGACGACGACAGCUCAUGGCUCCUUUUCAACGACAACUGCUACAAGUUCAUUUCCGAGGCUGACGAGCCGCCCCAGACGUGGUGGACGUCGCACAGGCUGUGUCGGGAGGAAGGGGGGGAGCUGGCGUCGAUCCACACCUACGAGGAGAAUUACUGGAUCGUGUCGAAGAUCUACAACAAGACUGACCAGACGCUGUGGAUCGGCGGGCGGUCCAAGCUCGACAGCAGCUACGAAUGGCUGGAUGGCUCCGUCUUCGACUUCAUAAACUGGGCCGAGGGCGAACCGAACGACUUCUUGGACCAAGAAGACUGCAUCGGCAUGUACACACGCGCAUCCGGGUACUGGAACGACCAGAACUGCGCCCACACCGAGGGUCGUAUCUGCAAACGACCCCAUCACGCCACGCUGCCUCCCGCGCAGACGACCGUCGCGCCCGAUGGACACUGCCCGUCGGGUUGGAUGCAUGUCGGCUCGAAAUGCUUCAAGUACUUUACGCAGAGACUCACCUUCGACGACGCGAGAACAGCUUGCCAAGCCCAGGGGUCAGACGUGGAUAUGAUCAGUGUUCAUUCCUCCAGUGAACAAGCGCACCUCACAACCGCCCUGGGCCAGAUGCAGGUCAACACGUGGCUGGGCAUGCGGAACGAGAGAGGUUUCCACUGGGUCGACCAGACCGCCGUCACCUACACCAACUGGGCGCCGGGAGAGCCGAAUGGACACUACUAUGGGUCCUGGGGCCCCGGAGAAGACUGCGUGGAGAUGCUCACCCACAACCGCGCCGGACAGUGGAACGACGCGAACUGCCUCAUCCGCCACGCGUACAUUUGCCAGAGGAAUAUGGACCCGAGUAUAGGCACUCACAGCCCGCCGCCCUCAUGUGCGCCCCCACUCGACAGCUAUUUGAACUACAGCGGAUCGUGUUACAAACUUGUUUCAACUCCUACUUCCUGGCAGGUAAGAUUAUGUUUUGUAAAUAUUGUUUUUAAUUUCAAUUUCUUGGCAAUAUGUUUUUGCAGGAUUUUUUUGGCCAACCUUUGCGGGGGCGAGGGCGCGCACCUGGCCUCCGUUCAACACGUGUCCGAACAGUCCUUCCUGUGGGUGCUGGCGCUGGACACGGGCGUUGAGGACACGUGGAUCGGGCUCAAUAAUCUCAAGGACAAAGUACAGUUCCUUUUGGGCCACGAGGGCCCCCAUUACCGAACUGGGCCCAAGAAUGAACCGAACUCCAACCAGACGGACCACAACUGCGUCAGGUUGAGUGCCGCCACAGAGGGGUCGUGGUACAGCGAGCUCUGUACUGAAAAGAAGCCUUACGUCUGCAAGCAUAAGGAUGGUCCCGUGCCCACCCCCGACCCCCCAGCCACGGGGCGGUGUCCGGAUGAACGCUGGCUCAACCUUGGCGGCGGCUUCUGCUACCUCGUCAUCGAAUCUGCUAAGCCGUGGAAUGAGGCGAAUAUGAGAUGCGUGCAGGAAAAUUCCGACCUAGCCUCGAUCCACUCUCAGCAAGAAAUGGAUUUGAUAACCAUGGCGACGCAUAAGUUCCGGGAUCCUCUGUGGAUUGGCCUCGUGCAGAAGACCAACGGCUACGGGUGGAGUGAUGGCACUGGCUUCGACUACGUUAAUUGGCAAGACGGCGAACCGAACAGCGAAAGCGAACAAUGUGCCGAAUUCUAUCCCGGAUCUGGGAACUGGAACGAUGCCGAGUGUUCGAACACGAGAGCUUUUAUUUGCAAGAUCUUAAAGAUCCAAGAUGCUCACCCAACGGACGCGACCAUUAACCCGCCGCCACAAUUUUCCACGUGGAAACCCGGUAAAGGUUGUGUGUGUGUGUGUAUGUGCCAGACGAGCUCCAUUUCGGUUAAUCAUUCGUCUGAAGAGGAUCUCGUGAAGAAAUAG